AUGUGUAUGACCGUGUCCACUGCUGCAACGGUAGCCAAUGAUGUAGAGAAAGACGUCAAGAAAGACCUUGAACACAACGUCCGCGUUUGCGAGCUGCAGGAGUUCGUGAACCGGCUUUUCCCCGUCAACCGCGACAAGCUCACCGACAUUGUCGACGAGCUCAAGCGCUCCCGCUUGCUCUCGGAUUCAGGCUGGACCGGCCUUCCCGAACAGCCAGGCGGAGCAGAGAUCCACUACUACGAGCCCUAUACCGAGAUUCUUGAAGCCAUAACGAGUGCGGCGCUGCGUUGCGGUUCAGAGGACGAGGACCACGUGCCAAGUAUUUGGCUGGAUCGUCAUGGGUCUCCACCACAGUCAAAUAUCGAGAACGCCAGCAAGUUGCGCCCAGAUUUGAGUAAUCUGAUUCUUGACCCUGGUAUCGACACGAAGAAGCAACUCGCCGAUUGUCUGAAGGAGGCAUGCGGGGAAGAAGCGAGUGGUAACGAUGAUGCCAGGGCAUCGAAGCGUGCCAAAACACAAGGAGAAUCCAAGUCCGCGCAGUCCUUGGUUGUCUCAUGGCUCAGAACCCGCGGUGUCGCCGAAAUCAAGGCGAAACAUGAGGAAAUCGGGAAGACAGCGGUGCAGCUGGGAACCUACCUUCGGCAGAUGCUGCGAGAGCAGCACGAUCGCCGUUUCGUUUUCGGUUUCAUCUUCUUCCACCGUUCACUGUCUAUCUGGUACUGCGACCGCUCAGGUCUCCUUGGAGCCAACCGGGUUAUCAACAUCGACAGGGAUCAGGCCCUUUUCAUCCAGGUUAUGGCCAGCUUUGCAUCGAUGGGCGCGGAGCGUCUGGGAUUCGAUCCAAAUAUGAAGAUGGUCGUGCCUGGCUGCCCCCCUUCCUUCAGCUACGCUCUGCCCUUCGACCGGAUCCCCAAGCAACGACAUAAGCUCCACUGGCAAAUCACGAUCGAUGGCGUGACUUACCAAACCGUCGAGAUCCUGAGCGUGGCUCGGUCUGAAAUCAUGUGUGGCCGAGCAACACUUGUAUGGCGGGCGGUGCGACUUGAUGAGCUCGAAUCUUCUGAGCCGGAAUUGGUUAUCAUCAAGCAAUCGUGGCGACCGCACAUGGGUGGUCUCAGUGAGCUCGAAGUCUACCAGCUGCUGGGCGAUUUUGGAGGGCGUGCAGCGACUUGCAGCGGGGAGGAUGUCCCAGGCUCCCACACUGCGGACCACCUUCGUCGUGGACUCGAAUCCAAGGCAUCCACGCUGGACGAUUCACAAACGACAGAAGUGCACGACCUCCCUCCUGAUGAACAUUUGCUCCACAAGGCGCAACCUCAAGUUGGCAAAGGGGCGGACAAGUACAUGCCUCGUGUCCAGCAUCGUAUGAUCAUUCGGCUGAAUGGCCUUCCGAUCAAGAUGUUUGGUAGCGUUUGCGAGCUACUUGGGGUGGUCAUCGACGUGCUCAAAGAUUACGAAUAUGCCUAUUAUGAAAAGGGUGUAUGUCAUCGAGACAUCAGCAUGGGGAACAUUGUCAUCGAAGUUGUAAAGCGCUUGGGGAGGCUCAUUGACUUUGACCACGCUAAGACCCUUCCUGGCUACACUCCCAAACGAGUUUCGUCCCUCCGGAACGAAUUCGCUGAGCACAUGGCGGAGCUUCACCGAUUUCGUGAAUGGAAUAAGCUUCCUCGUCUGUCUGACAACCUCGCGUUGUUGCUUCUAUACCUGGCCAAAACAGAUGCCUCGAAGGACUCACUGGAUGAUUGGAACAACCCCAUGAUCUCCGCCAACCAGGCCCAAGGUCUUGCAUACCGUAUGACUAGAGGCCUUCAGCUCGAGAACAUAGAGGGCGAAAUCAAGAUAUCCCAUAUACUCCCGUCCUUGGGUGACGACGUAGGUACUUCUGCGUCUGCUACCGUGCUUCUGAAAAAGCUUAUCUCUGUCCUUCAGCCAUACCUCCCUCCCAAUUUCACUGAGAGACGACAGAUCCAUACGUUUGUCACGGGCACGGUGCCGUUUAUGGCCCAUGACCUCAAUAUCAGGGACAUCGUACACACCGCCAGACACGACAUGGAGUCGAUCCUGUGGAUUCUGGUUUACCUGGGCAUUACACGGGAUGGCGUGGGGGGAGCAAGUCGCCCUCAGCCCCACACAAUGGAUGGCCCAUCGUACGAGGCGGCAUCCCUGCGCUACUGGCUUUUCGAGUCGACGGGUGGGGAAAUGACCCACUUUGAAACAAAAAAGGCCUUUCUGGACUCGUUGCCUGCUGGACUCGACCAGUAUGUCUUCCGCUACUUCCACGAAGACCUGCGGCUUUUGAAGGUCGUUAUCAUCAAGUGGACGGACAUUUUACGUCGCGCUCGCGGAGGCGAUUUACUUUGCAAAUAUUACACCCCGAUGGCCUUCCGUCAAGCUGCGGAGGAGGUGAAGGCCGGCAUCCACCGCGCGAUGGACAAUCUCGAUGCUGGUGACCUCAGCGACGAGGAUCUCCGACUCAUUCAAAGCGCCCUUGAGCGUCACAAUGCGACCGUCGAAACUCAGAAGCUCCAUAUGGACAACCUCCUCCGAGCUGGCAUUGAGCUCGUGCGGAGUGCAACUGCUGAACAUGCGCGGGACGAAGAGGAAGAGAACGACGCCACGACCCCAACGAAUGAGCGCCCAAAGGUCUUCGACAUGAGCCCUUGCGGAAAGCUCGACGAGCGUACUGCUGGGAGGACGCCUAAAUUCCAACAGGGUGGUCGUUAA